CCAAUAUCCUACUACCGAAUGAUGAGACUCUAGCAACCUAAUCAGAUUCUAUCUAUCUCAGAUUGCAGCAGGAAUCAGGAAAAGUUGAUCAGACUUCAAUUGACUCAAUAAACAUGCAUCAUUCGAUUAUAAUCAAACAAUAAACCAUCCAAAACUUCAUACAAGAAAGAUCCUAACUCAUGGAACUAGGGUUCCUCAAAACCUAAGUGAAAGGAAGUUACUCCAUAAAGAAGAGAGAGACUGCAGAAAUCUGAUCUAGAUCUUCAAUCUCCAUCUCCAAGCUUGAUUCCCGAGCUUCAAUGGCGAAGAAAUCCUCCAAAAUAGCUCCAAGAACGUUCCCAAGUCGCUCUCUCUCUCUAGGGUUCGUCCCUUGGGUGUUUGGGAUCCAAAACCCAGCUCCCCUCUUCUUUGGUUCGGAAUUUGGCUUAAAACCAGGAAAUCCCGACUCGCACGGCCAGGGUGCACGGCCGUGCAUAUCACCAUUCUGGCCGUGCAACUCAAAACGCAGCGUGUCAUUUAGUCGAACUUCAGCCCUCUCGCACGACCAGGGUGCACGGCCGUGCGAGCUUCAGGGGUUGCCCGUGCGUGUCCUCGGCAUAAGGCGCACGGCCAUAUUGCUCACGUGCACGGCCGUGCAGCCUCCCUGGUCUGCCCGUGCAGCUCCCAAAAAACCUCGCCAUUCGUCCGUUCUUCGUCCAAUCGACCCCAGACUCGCUCCUAAGCCUUCAUUCACGUACUAGGACCUGAAACAUCACAAACAAGCACAACCUAGCGUGAAAUCGGCCUAAAACACGAGAAUCAACACCUCAAACGGUGUAAGAAUGGGGGUAAAAACAUGUGUAAAUGACGGUCUAUCAAGUAUCCACCAAGCGGUGUUGAUUUGAUCGAUGCAAGUGACUUCUGAAAACGAAGACGAUUGUCAAAUAUCCACCGCCGUGCGAUGUUGAUUUGAUCGAUGCACCUCUGAAUGGUGAAAUCAACGUGACCGUCAAAUAUCCACCGCCGGGCGAUGUUGAUUUGAUCGAUGCACCUCAGACUUCUAACCAACGCGACCGUUACAACGGUUCGCACCUCUCGAAACUACGUUCGAACGAGGGUGUUUGAGUUUUGAGGAAUCUACGCUACCGCUACUCCUAUGGAGAUUCCUGUGGAGAGCUCCGCGACUACGACUAAGACUACAACUAUGGAGAUCCUUCAUGGAAGGAGAGCUACGCGAAGGAGUUACAGAGAAAAAAGGUAAAGUUUGACAGAUGUGUUUCUGUGUUGAUUUGGUUGUCCCCUCUCUCCUUGAUCCGCUGCUUUUAUUUGAAAUCACUUGCGUAGUCUUCACGCCCUGUGGAACUGCUUCCUCAACCGCUCCGUCGUGAACUCCCACGUGUCUUCACUCUUAUCCAUAGAGUCGUAGUCUUCAACCGCUUUGAUCUUCUCUUCACUCCUGAAUCUCCCGUGCAAGAAAAUAACUCUGUUAUUUUCAUGAGCCCGCGACGUCGUUUACGCCUCCACCAACAAAGUUUCCAUAACGACGUCGUUGAACCCAUUCACGUCAUUGCUCAGCUUGCAACACCGUCAAGCUCACUACGUCGUUGAGCUCCACGAUGUUGUUUUGGCCUUGUGGCAUCGUUGAAUUUCUCAGCGUUGUCGAACUCGCAACACCACUGAAUUUGAGACAGCGACAUCAAUUCCGCUGUGUUGUUGUUUAACUAGCGGCAUUUUUAGCCUUGCCACACCGCAUUAAUUAAAUAUUUCACGUACCGCAGCAUUGUUGGGCUUACUUGCGGUGUCGUUUUCUUCCUCAAACAGCUUCGUUUUCUUUUUCUCCGCGACAUUGUUUUAUAUUAAACACUGUCGUUUUCUCUAGCACAACGGUACCGUUGGGCUUACUCGCGGUAUCGUUUUUAACUAAACAACACCGCUUGGUUCUACCCGCGACAUUGCUUGUCACUAAACGAUGUUGUUUUUUAUCCUUCUCCGACAUGGAAUAAAAAUAAUAAUUAAUUAAAAAACUCCUUUUCCAACACCAAUACUAAACGCGCGGCUCACAUCUUGUUUUCUGGUAAACAGUGUCGUUUCCAGUGCCGCGGUACCGCUGAGCUUCCUUGCGGUACCGUUUUUUGUUUCGCGGUAUCGUUUUAACUCAUCCGCGAUGCCACUUGUCGCGGUGCCGUUUUUAGCCAAACGACACUGUUUCCCAGUCUAUGCCGUUGAGCUUUGAGGUUCGCGGCACCGUUUUAUCUCUUCGCAGCAUUGCUUGACUCCAAACGGUGAUGUUACUCUCCUCCUCCGACAAGGAAAAAUAAAAUAAGAAACAAUCCUUGUCCAACAGCAACACAAAUCCUGCGCAUGACUCACACAUGGUCUGCAACCAAUGUAGUUUCAAGUACCGCGGUACCGCCGAGCCUCUUCGCGGUCUCGGUUAAAUUCUCCGCGGUAUUGCUCGACUCCAAACGACAUCGUUUUGGCCAUGCGAUAUCGAAUUAAAUGCCAAGACUUAUU